UGGAGCGAAAUCCCACUCGCCACAGCAUCCCCCACCCAUGAGCGGCCGAUCGUUGUCGUUAGCGGCGAUUCCACUUCAGGUUCGAAGGCAUGAACCUGACGAUGAAGAAGAAGGAGAGCUCAGUGAAAUUCAGACCCCACGGAACUUGCAGAAGAGCGGUGCCCCCUUCAGGCUUCCCGAUGAUUGGAUCGUUGAGGAAAGGCCCCGUUCCUCCUGCACCAGCACUCGCCGCCAUGUCGACAGGUAUUACUAUGAGCCUGGCACUGGGAGGAAGUUUCGUUCGCUGGUAUCUGUACAGAAACAUCUAAUGGAAGGGACAAGAGAAACUAAGAGAGUGAAAUCUGAAAAUAAAAAUACAAUGCAGGCUGAAACUCAAACCAGGGGAAGUGCCCCGUCCUUUGGAUUACCAGAUAGUUGGAUAGUUGAGGAGAAGCGACGUAAAUAUGUUGGAGUCAAAGAUAGGACUUAUAUUGAGCCUGAGACAGGGAAGAGGUUCCGUUCGUUGUUAGCUGCUCAGAGAUAUCUAGGUGAAGACAAUGGAUACACAGCCACGGCCAAGCCAUUGUUGGAGUCUGGAACUGAAAAGCGAAGUGCUGCUGGUGAGAACUGCUGUGCAGAAGAUGAAAUUUAUCUGAAAUCAUUGAAACUUGAAGUUAAAUCUAAGAAGUCUGGUUCACCGAAGAAAAUUGGUUUGGAUAAGGACAAGAAGGCUUCCAUGUUUGACUUAUCCUGUCCACCAGCAAAAGUGAAGUGGGUUCUUUCUGGUAAUGGGGCAUUCUGGACUCCUUUCCUGGAUGGUUCAAAAGUUCCAGACUCUGUAAAGCAGAAAUGGUCCGAUGUAUUCGUGUCAUACAUCCAAGAUGGAGGUACUAGUGAACCGAGAUGUUGAGCUCCUCGUUAAAUCGAGUUCGACAUGCAGGAUUCACUAACUGCGGCAGCGGAAAGGGGAAAAUGGGGACAUCAAGGCUUACAUAGUUUGACAUAAGGGAAAAUAGCAAUGAAGGGCCGUUGGAGAAAAUUUAUAACAAUUAAAGAUCAAUUGUUAUUGAAACCUAAAUAGGAAACAAACCUAAAUGGAUUGUGUAUUAUUGUUAAUUUUAAAUGAGUUGUUAAAAUCUGAACGAAUACUUAUUGAUAAAAGAUUAAUUCAACUUAACAAGUAUUCAUUUA